GCCGCAGUUCCCGACCACGGACCACGCCAACAGGUGGGUCCCGCAGCCGCUCCUCUGCUCUGCCUCGCCGUGACUCGGCGCGUCUGCAGCUACAGCCCUGAGCGGAGCAGCGAGCGACAUGACGUCCGUUCCCACCGCCUUGCGCGCAUGCGCACUGCUGCUGCUGCUGGCCGCUCGCCUGAGGAUCACCACCGCAUCCGUCCGGCCGCACAUCAUCUUCAUCGUCGCCGACGACCUGGGGUGGAAUGACGUCAGCUUCCACGGCUCGGACCAGAUCCCGACGCCCAACAUCGACGCGCUGGCCUUCAACGGCAUCAUCCUCAACAACCACUACGUGCAGCCCGUCUGCACGCCCACGCGAGCCUCCCUCAUGACGGGCAGGUACCCCAUACACCUCGGCAUGCAGGGGUACCCUCUGAUGGCGGCGGAGCCCCGCGGCAUGCCGGAGGGCAAGAUCCUGCCGCAGUACCUCAAGGACCUGGGCUACGUGACGAGGGCCGUGGGCAAGUGGCACCUGGGCUACUACCGCAAGCAGAUGACGCCCACGUUCCGAGGCUUCGACUCGCACUUCGGCUACUACGGCGGCUUCGUCAGCUACUACGACUACAUCCUGCAGGAUGUCUACAACGGGACGCCGUACAGCGGGUUCGGCCUGCGGCGCAACCUGAGCGUGGCCUGGGACAAGGUGGGCCAGUACGCGACGGACGUGUUCACGGAGGAGGCGGUGAGCGUCAUCGAGCAGCACGACGACCGCGACCCCCUCUUCCUCUACCUGGCGCACGUAGCGCCGCACGCCGGCAACCGUGGGAAGCUGCUGGAGGCGCCGCAGGACGUCAUCAACCGCUUCCCCUACAUCCCGGACCCCGACCGCCGCACAUACGCAGCGAUGAUCGCCAAACUGGACGAGUCCGUGGGGCGCGUGAUGACAGCGCUGCAGGAUCGAGACAUGCUGGACAACUCCAUCGUCGUCUUCAUCUCGGACAACGGCGCGCCCACCAUCGGAACCUACCCCAACUGGGGCUCCAACUGGCCACUCCGAGGGGUGAAAGAGACGCUGUGGGAGGGUUCGGUGAAGGGCGUGGCGCUCAUGUGGAGCAACCUGCUGCACCAGACGCCACGUGUCUCCCAUCAGCUUAUGCACGUGUCCGACUGGCUGCCCACCCUGUACUCCGCCGCUGGCGGUAACACGCUGGACCUCGCGAGGAACAUGGACGGCGUGGACCAGUGGGAAAGCCUGCUGUACAACCUGGUCUCGCGGCGCGACGAGGUGCUCAUCAACAUCGACGAGAAGACGCGCAACGCCGCCAUCCGGCUGCACAACUGGAAGCUCGUCAUAGGUACGACGCGCGGCGGCCGCUACGACGGUUACUUCGGGGCGAGCGGCCGCGAGGACCCGGCCACGCCCCCAUACAACGCGACGGCGGUGGUGGCGAGCCCGGCGGGCGCGGCGCUGGCGCACGCCAUGCAGGUGCGCUACCGCCGGCCCACGCGCGAGGACGUCAUCGCGACGCUGCGUGCCUCGGCGACCGUGCGCUGCGAGCCCAACUCCACCUUCAACGCGCCGCCCUGCAACCCCGCCCAGUCCGGCGAGCCCUGUCUGUACGACGUGGCGAGCGACCCGUGCGAGCUGAACAACCUGGCGCGCACGUACGACAACGUGGCGCUGCACCUGCGGCAGCAGCUGGUGCGCAGGCGCGCCGGCCUCGUGCCACAGGCCAACCUACCGGUGGACGCGGCAGGCGCCGACCCGCGCCGCUGGAACUUCACCUGGAUCCCAUGGGGCGAGUGCUCGCCGCCGCCGGGAGACCCCCAGCUGUGCGUGCCCACGCCGCUGCCCAACCGGCCCUCCGACUACCCGGUCUCGUCGUAGCCGCAGAGUGGGGGACCUCCCGGCUCAGAACUCAGCCGUCCAACACACCGACAGUGGCCUCAGUGUGGUGGGAAAAGCCAACAGACAUUUGGAACGAUCCAUUCACGACAGUCAAGGUUCAAAAUCCAACUCUCCGUGGAAGUGAAUGUCGCUUGAUCUACUCCAAUCGGAUGUUCAAUCCGAUUUCUCAUCACUUGUCUGAAUCACUCUCGGUCGACAUCUACAUUUAGCAUCUGUGUAAAAAAAUUUGUAAGCUGGCAAUCUAGAGCUCUACUUGCCUCACCAGCGAGAGCCCUGUCCAGCAAGUGUCUUGUAUAUCUGUAAACAGUACAGUUACUUGACCGUCAAGCAUUUGAAAACGUAGUUCUAAGCUUACAAUGCUAGGCUCAUUCCUACACAUAUCAAGCGGCUUCAUAAUUAAGAUGCCGAAACACUCAGUCAACUUGUCCUUACUCAUCAGGGAACUGUUGUUUGUGUUUCAUUUUCAUUUAACACACUGUUCGCUCCUGGAACUGCGUGUUUCUCAUUUAGGCAACCAGUAGCUUAUCGUUCUUUUCUCGUGGACUGACAUCCACUAUAAUUUCAGUAUUAUAUUUUAUAUCUAUAUUGUAAAUGUUAAUGUAGCAGCAUGUUAUGGAUUUGUAAGUUUGUUUCAUUGAUACUCGCCAAUUAGCUGCUUAUGUUGAUACGUACUUACCUGUACACAGUUCGUAAUAUCAUCUGACACAAUAGUGCGCUGGUAUAUUUCGAUUUUCGCCAGUUUUCUUCAUUUCGUAUACACGUAGAUUCAGAGAGCUCCAAAGCAGUCUCACGUAAGUCGAACACUAAAAAGUACUCUUGUUGCAACAUAUUCACAUCUCAGGGGUAUGUUUUUGUCGCCUUCUGGCACAACCACUGUAGUCUGUCAGUCUUCCAGCUAUGAACAUCGAUGUCCAGUAGGAAAUAUGUACCUGAAGCUUGUUGCAAGCCUUGCCGUCCGGUACUUGGCAUGGCACGAAAGCGGAUGUUUAUCAGAAACGAAAGUGGAAUGCUGUUUCAGUAAAUGGGCACAUUAGCACCGUUUCCAGGUGACUAUGACUGCUUUACAUCUCGAUCUCCAUCUCGCAAAGAAUAUUUCUGCUCCUCUUGUCACCAUUCCUAAUUUUACUUUUUGAAUUACGGUUCCAAGGAUAUUUCCAUUCCAGCAAAUCAGAAAUUUAUUUGACAGUUUCAGUCUCUCCUCAACAAUCAUUACACAGUUGUCUUCACAUUUUGAGUUCUUUUUCCUGUACCCAGUGUUCUUCAUUCUCUGACUCCUCUUCCCCACUCUUCUUGCGAAAGUACUCGUUGUCAUCUUCUUUAAUCCUCGUCUGACAGAAGCAGAGCCUCUCCUUUCUUUACUGUAGAUCUCUAAUUCUUUUAAUGACCCCACACGCUUCCCUAGAUCUCGAUGUAUUUCUUUCACCCAUGUGACUUGCGUCUUCCGGCUCUUCUGGAAAGUCAAUAUUUUGUUUGCAGCUCAUUCCGGACUCUAUCUUGCAAUGGGUCUAUGAAAAACCCUACAACUUGUCUUUAUUGUGGUAAAUAUUUUCUUCAAGCUUUGUUUUUUCUCGCAGUUGCCUUUUGUAUAUGUGUAUAAAUGUCCACUUUUACUAUGGUAGCUUAUUUAGAGUUGUCCAAUAGUGAUUUGGAUUUUUAAGUAUCCAGGCCUGGUAUCUCCGUAUUUUUGGCUCUGUCUCCACUGCUCCCUUUUCAUUUAUAUUUGGGAUUCAGAAUAUCAACUCGGUAUUUAAACUUUUAUGAUCCUUGGAUGUCAGCAUACAUUACCUUCAGUGACUGCGUUGCACCUUUCGCAUCUACAAUCAUGAACUCUGUUCAACAACAAAAAAUGUAAUCAUGCCGUACACACCGUCUGUUUUGUGAUUUCUAUUUGUUAAGUUUCAAUAUUCACUAACGCGAAAAAAAUGCUAACUCCUGCUCAUUCCGAAAAAUUUGUAAAUGCCAUUGCCAUGCAGCGCCGCAAAAUUCUAAAGCAUUUGGGUCCAAUGAGGAAUGACUUUCACUGCCACACUUCUUUUUAAAAUUCUGCUGAAGUAUUUUCCUGAUUUUCUUCGCUUUCAUAACUGCUAUGUUGCUUUCUUCCCAGUCUUUUAACCUUUUUUCUCCUUUUUCUGAAUUGGCGAUUCAACGUUAGACUUUAUUGUCUUCUUCAUGCAUUGCAAGCGACGGUACUACGCAUAUGUGCCCGUUGCGUAUACAUCACUCGCGGUACCUGAUGAACACCACUUCGUCAGUCGCCAAAAGACUGUGUAUGAAAAGUGUAAUUCUCAACGCAGCUGAUCACCCCAAAAUAUUCGUCCUGUCAGUCACACUGGGAAAAUGUUCGCAAGCACAGUACUUACAUCUUAAAGAGAGGUAUUCUAAGUAGGCGAUAGUGAAAAUCAAAAGAGGUUACGCUUUUCACUCUGAGAACAUGACUGAUCGUGGAGACGGUAUCUUCUGUAAGACUUAUUUAAAUUCGUCUCUCCUCGCUUCCGCUACUGUAAGCAAUAUUCAGAAUUUCAUUUUCAGGUAUAGUAAGAUAAAACAGUGGAAGAAGUACUCUCGGCUGUCUCUAAAUUCUGGAACUUCCGUCGGAGCUUAAUAAAGACAUUUCCUCACCUCAUGAUCUCAGCAUAAAAUACUUGCUUGCACAUUGUUGCGCUGCUCAGUGAUGAAGAGGCUGGUACGAAGAAGCAAUUCAUUUACAUCUACAUUUAUACUCCCCAAGCCACCCAACGGUGUGUGGCGGAGGGUACUUUACGUGCCACUGUCAUUACCUCCCUUUCCUGUUCCAGUCGCGUAUGGUUCGCGGGAAGAACGACUGCCGGAAAGCCUCCGUGCGCGCUAGAAUCUCUCUAAUUUCGUGACGGACUGCAUCAAACCAAUCAGAAGACUGAUGACUUUAAAAAAGUAUUGUUGUAAUUUCUGUCCGUUCAUUGGUUCUUAAUAUUAGUUGCACGAGCAGCUGCUGCAAUUCCAUUAGUGUUUGUACUUAAUAGAACAUAUAAUGUGUCAACUUGAUUCUAUUGUCGUAAAACGAUCAUAUGGACUAUUACUUUUUGUCCUGCCGGUUAAUAUUGCUUUAAUACUGUUAAGAAACUCUAUCAACGUAUAUUAUAUAUUAAUU